CUCUCAGGUUCCUCUCUGGUUGUAACGAUCUUAUCUAAAAUCUAAACGGAUAGAACUCGUUCCUGUCACGUAUCGUCUCAUAAGGAGCACCCGGAGCGUUUGGUCAGAUUCGGCCUUCACUGAUUAUUGAGAGGAGUAUAGUUUAGUAAUUUUCACACGCGUUGCAUAUAUACAUACAUUUAUCCGUAUAGAUAAAUUAUACUGCCUUGUUGUCGAUAACCAUGACAUACUUGCACUCGUGGGAAGAAUUCGAAAAAGGUGCCGAGAGGUUAUAUCUGCAAGAUCCGUUGAAUACUCGUUAUACGAUGAAAUAUUGUCAUAGUAAAGGAAUUUUAUGUCUAAAACUAACUGACAACAGACAGUGUCUCCAAUAUAAAACAGAAAUAGCUCAAGAUUUAAAAAAGAUGGAAAAAUUUAUAGGCAACCUUAUGAGACAUAUGGCAUCAAAAGAUAGUUGAAUAAGCAAGAUUUAUAUAUAUAGAAUUUUUUUUCUACAUGGAGACUAAGACAUUCUACCUGUGCAGUUAAGGUUUUGUUAUCUCAUAAGAUUUAAUGAUUGUGCGAUCCACGGAUAUGUUAAUUUUGUUUAAGGUAUUAAAACUUUUUUUAAAUAUACAAUAUAUGCGUAUGAAAUUGC